UUACGGUACAUCUGACAAUCUUGAAAGAAAACUAUCCCAGGAACGCAAUGAGAUCAUCAACUAUUGCAUGAGAUCUCACUUACACGAAUCAUUCAUCUAUAUCUGUGCAUGCUGUUGUCCUAACUCCUCACUGUAGUGAUGUAACUGCGAUCACCCAUUCGGAAACAGCACGUGUUAGACGUUCCUGCCUUCCCGGUGCUCCUGGACCCUUGCAGCUGUCGGUGUCGUACCUACUUACCUCUCUAGAGCUCCAACCAUCUCCCUUAGGAGUCGUCUCUCUUUUGCGCCAAACAACCUUCUUUCAACCCCCCGCCUUUACCAAAUCAUCAGCACGACAACUUUCGACACCUCACGAAAAGCCAAUUCUACACCACUAAACUCAUUUCCCGUCGGAGUUGUAGCAGGUCUCUGCAAUUAUGGCGUCGAAAAAGACAAAGCCCACCGCUGCUGCUGGUGACGACGUCGACAUUGAUGAGCUGUUGUCUGGCCUUGACCGCGAUAAGAAGCCCAAGAAGACAACAAAGUCUAAGCCGACCUCAGCCGCGUCCAAGGCACUUGCCGACCAGGAUAUUCUUGCCGACCUUGAAUCGGAACUGGCUGAGCAGCCUUCACGACCUCAUACUCCCCGCCUCAAGGAUGCUACCCGCCGUUCCACAGCAACACCCCCCGCUGGCGACCCUCGCAAGUCAACCGAUAGUGCACGCAGCCUGAAAGCAACAUUCACACCAAGCGCCACGAGUUCAGAACUUUACGAGAACGAGAAGAAGCCAGCAUCUGAGCCUGUCCAGCAAGAACCUGCUCCUCAAGCCUCUGGUGGAGGAUGGUGGGGUGGCAUUUUAUCUACGGCCAGCGCUGCUAUGAAGCAGGCCGAAGCCGCUGUCUCACAGAUCCAGCAGAAUGAAGAGGCCAAGAAGUGGGCAGACCAGGUCAAGGGAAUCAGGGGACUCGAUGUCAACACUCUUCGAACCUAUGGUGAUGAACUCCGACACCGUGCUCUCCCGACUUUCACCAACAUCCUCCACACUCUUGCGCCUCCUAUCAGUUCCCAUGAACGACUUCUCAUUCAUAUCACCCACGAUCUUGUCGGCUACCCGUCACUCGACCCUCUGAUUCAUAACGUCUUUGGCCAUGUUAUGGCACAGGUUGAAGGCGGUGACCUUCUUGUCAUCCAGCGUGGCCAGGAGAGCCACUCUCGACGCAGUACCGAUAGUAUUACUGGAUGGCACGACGGGCCUUGGUGGAGACAAACUGACACGCCCCGUGAGCUCGGAUUAAUCAAGGGUUUGCCUGAAGGAACCAAACUUUGCCGCGCCAACGCCGAAUCGCAUGCGAACGAAUACUUCUCUGCCAAUGGUGGUGUCGAAGCAGCCAAGCACAAAGCCACCGAAGAUGUGAGCGAAACCAACCCUGUUAGAACCUCGGAUCUGUUCCUGGCUGUCCAGGCAAUUUCUGUGGAUGAGGACAAGAACCUGUUCGCUCGCGCUGCUUCUGCGGAAAAGGAGAAGGACUCUUCUGGUGUCGAGGAUCAAGAUGAGAACGAGGAGCUCAUUUGCUUCGCUGUUUUCAUCCUGGAUCCUGUCCACGACAUUGAAUUUUAUACCGUCAGCCAGUCUGUUCCUGCUCGAUGGGUCCAGUGGCUCGAUACCCCCGCCCCUCUCACACCCCGAUCUGGUGAGGAUGGUGAUGUGGCCGAUGCCAAUAUUCCCGAAGAGAUCAGGGAUAUCAUUGAGAGCGGUGGCGUUGACCCUCGAGAAUGGGUUGCGGAGUGGCUUGAGGAGCUUCUCAACCUUUCUAUCGGUACUGUUGCUCAGCGAUAUGUCGCUCGCCGCAUGGGUGUUGGUGAGGGUGGCCUGGGCAGGGGCAAGAGAAGGAUGGAAGACCUCGUGCAGGAUAAUGCUGGUGAGGCUGCGCGUGCUGGCGUCAUCUGAACGGCGUGCAGGAAAAACGAUAAAGUAUGUUAUAUGACAAGGUAGGUUGGGCGUUGGAGUUUACGACGGGUAAAUGUAACCUUCGGAAGCUUAAGUGGGCUUGGAAAUAUUUGAAUACUGGGUUCUCUUUUUAUCACGCAGGGUUAGGAUCGCUUUGGAAUCUACACUGUCAUUAAUAUCAAGCUGGACUUUGAACGUCGACUAGCUCGACUAUACCAUACCCGCCUCUAAAGCCUGACCGCGAAAUUUUAUCCAUGUUCUGAAGCAAAGUCUAUGUAUGGCCAACACGGUGAACUGUUCCAGCCUUCUUAAGCUCACCUCUAGCCUCUCUGGUGGCACCCUCGAGAUCAACCUUCUUCAGCGGCCGGUAAACGGGAUCCCACAUCUGCUCUCUGAUCCACUCCUCCAAAUCUUCUUCCUUUUCAGGGAUGCCCUCUUGUGUAGCCUCACCAUCCUUGACAGCUGCUUGUAUCACAUUACGAGCAAUGCGGACACUGACAUCCCGCACUGAAUCC